UGCAAUUCUCACCCGAGUUCUUGCAAUUGAACUAACUGAAACCAAGCUCAGAGCUGAUACAGAGGAGUCAGAAAUGGUAGCCACUGUAAUGGCAGCAACUGCCAGCUCCAGCACUGGUCUUAGACCAACUCAAUUCGUAGGCCAAACCCGGGGAUCCAAUGCUAACCAGCUUAGAGAAGUUGUUCCUAUGGGAACUGGAAAAUUCACUAUGGGGAACGAAUUAUGGUAUGGACCGGACCGGGUGAAGUACUUGGGACCCUUCUCCGCUCAGACACCUUCAUACCUCACCGGAGAGUUCCCCGGUGACUAUGGAUGGGACACUGCAGGAUUAUCAGCUGACCCAGAAGCCUUUGCCAGGAACAGGGCCCUUGAGGUAAUCCACGGGCGGUGGGCUAUGCUGGGAGCCUUUGGCUGCAUCACCCCAGAAGUUCUUGAGAAGUGGGUGAAGGUGGACUUCAAGGAACCAGUUUGGUUCAAAGCUGGAGCUCAAAUCUUCUCGGAAGGCGGCCUGGACUACUUGGGAAAUCCCAACCUUGUCCAUGCCCAGAGCAUCUUGGCUGUGCUGGGCUUCCAAGUCGUACUGAUGGGCCUUGUGGAGGGCUACCGCAUCAAUGGCCUUCCGGGAGUAGGCGAAGGCAACGACCUCUACCCGGGUGGACCUUACUUCGACCCUCUAGGACUUGCUGAUGACCCUGUUACCUUUGCUGAGCUGAAGGUGAAAGAGAUCAAGAACGGGAGGCUAGCCAUGUUCUCCAUGUUUGGAUUCUUUGUCCAAGCCAUCGUUACCGGCAAGGGGCCGCUCGAGAACCUCUUGGAUCACCUUGAUAACCCUGUGGCCAACAACGCUUGGGCUUACGCAACUAAGUUUGUGCCUGGAUCAUAAGCUGUUACAUUUCCCCUUCAUUCCCAUUGUUGGCAGAAUCAAUUGAAUGGGAAGUUGUGUAGAUUAUUAUAAUGGAUGAAUCAAGUUUGAAGCUAAAAUGUACGGAUAAAAAAUCUUCACCGUUUGAUGGACUGGGCUUGACUGGUUAGGAUUUACCUUCAA